AUGGCAGACGAUACCCUCCUCGCUCUCCAAGACUCCGACUACAACUCCGCCUCGGACGAAGAAUUCGAUCCCACCACCGCCGAAGAGGCCGCCGCCGACGAUGCCUCCAUCUCAAGUUCCGAUGAUGAGGGCGAGGCCAAGAAAAGUGCGAAGCCCGCAAAGAAGAGCGGUAAGCGUAAGCGCGGCGCGGGCGACGAUGAUGACGAGCUCGACUCGGGUGACGAGGCCACCAUCGCGGCCGCACGGCGGCGGCAUCAGCAGCAGCGUGCCGGCAACAAGAAGCAGCGCCAGGAGGCGGAGGGCGAUGACGACGUAGAGCUGCUGAGCGACGAUGGUGGCGAAGGAGGUCUGGUCAAGACGCGCGCGCAGCGGCGGGCGGAGAAGAAGGAGAGGAGGCCACUGGCGCGCGUGGACGGCGCGACCGCGGAUGUAGAUGCGAUCUGGGCGGCGUUGAGCACGGCUCCGGUGGGGAAGACAAAUGAUGAGGAGGCGAAGGGGGACGAGGGAAUGAGAGACGAAGAAGCAGGAAAAGGGCAGGAGAAAGCCCAGGAUGCUAUGCGCUCGGAAGAGGUCGAAGAGGAGAUGAUUAUGAUCAAGCGGACGUACGACUUUGCCGGCGACCGCAUAACAGAAGAACGCCAAGUGCCUAAGUCUUCGGCGGAAGCGAAGCUAUACCUCGCCCAGCAGCAAGAGAAGCUGGAUAAGCAAUUAUCUUCUAGCAAAAAGGCGACAGAGUCCUCCGCAACGCCCGACACGGACGGAAAAGACAUCACGGAAGGAGAAGGAGAGCAGGAGACGGACAAGCCUGCCGUACGUCGACCACUUCACCGCCCCUCACGUUUCGAUCCGAACCCCACUGCCGAAGUAAAAGGACUGUCACCGGAGAAACAGCUGACCUGGGCGCGUCGUCGCGCGCUCCUUGAUCCCACUGCUACCACGGUCCUCCCUGCAUUUACCACUGCAGGCGCUCAAGAUACGAAUGCGGCAGCCGCUGCAGCCAAGAAGAGCAGAGAGAAGGCACAGAAGCUCAAUACGGUGGAUAAGAGUAGGCUUGAUUGGGCAGGCUAUGUCGAUAAAGAGGGCAUUGCGGACGAGCUGGACGAGUACGGACGCGCUAAGGAGGGCUACCUUGGUCGUAUGGAUUUCUUGAACCGGGUGGACGAAAGAAGGGAGGAGGAGAGGCGGGCUGCGAAGGCCGCAUUGAGGACCUAG